CACCAUGAGUGAUCCGAAGCGAUCGACAGCCAACCAGAGCUCUUUACGUACUGCCCUGAUAGCACGAGGUUAAUUGCUGUCUACUGACGGAUGAAGGACGAAGAAGAGCCUAAGCACUCGACCAGUACUCGGAUAGAAUCAGCCCCUCGUUACGCGCGUCUUAGUGCAUUCGAAAAAGCUGUCAAGAGCUGCUUUGAGCUUAUCGAUAUCCGUACGAUGCUCGACGUGGUGUUCACUUUGGCUUGCCAGCUUCAGAGCCUCUCGAGCAUCGUUACACGGGUGAAAAAUUGAGGCAGCCUUAAUCGCGAGCAUCUAGUAUACACGUGCGCAAGCGAAGCGAAAUGUGUCCAAACUAGCUUACUUUGCAUCCAGCUAGG